UUAUGGACGCCAUUCAUCUUUGCAAUGAUAUCGCCGAAGACAUCAAACCUACUGUGCGUUUGGUCUACGCUUUUGACGACUCGGGCGGCGAUAACCUAAUCUACAUCACCGCCAAUGGCUGCCAUCACAACGUCUACGGCUUGGGCAGCAACGCCAACGGCCAGCUCGGUCUGGGCCACAAUCAGCCCGUACUAUCACCGCAACUGAUCCCUCAACUAACCAACCGAGACAUCAUUUCCAUACAUCACGGUUUAGACUUUACUGCGGCCGUCACAGACACCGGACACGUUUACACCUGUGGUCACAACCCGUUCGGCCAAUUAGGCCGGAAGUCCACACGUCGGGGUCAAUACCACGCGCCCGAACCUAUUACCACAUUCAACUGCAAUUAUCAGGUGCUGCAGAUAGCGUGUGGCUUUGACCACACACUAGCGCUGACCACAGCGGGUGAAGUGUACGGCUGGGGUAGUAACUCGUGGGGACAGGUGGGGUGCGGACUGGCCCGACUCUGUGAAGUACCGGCCCCGUGGUUGUUGCAAUUUUCAAGCGAUAAUCACCGCAUUGUUACUGUAAUGUGCGGCCAACACACGUCCUACGCCCUGACCACCGAAGGCCUAGUGUUUAGUUGGGGUCGCAAUCAGAGCGGACAACUCGGUCACGACAACUGCGGCCUUACGGUAUACACGCCGGCGCUGGUGACCAGUCUGGUCGUCGGUGUUAAGGAUAUCUGUCCGUCUAAUACGGCGGCUUAUAUGCUGGCCACUGACGGUGGGCUGUAUUUUUGCAGUCGCGUUAACCUAUUGGGACCAAUAGUACAGCGCUUAGAGAUGUGCGCCACUGUUGAUGAUAUUAGACAAGUGGUGUGUCGUAAGGGCACCGAUGAGCCCAUUGUGGCCGCACUCGUAGCAGAAAAGGUGUGUCGCAUAUACCGCGGGAACCGUAUUGAGUACACCGAUUACAAUAGUUUGGAUGAGUUCUUUGCCCGCGAGUUUCAGUUGACUUUCAGGGCGAUGUCUUUGCCAGCAAAUGGUGGCCACAGUGUGGCCGAUAAGAGUCACCGAUGGACACAUACUAUGGAGGAGGCCCGAGAGUCGGCAGAGUUGCUGCAAAACAUCACCGAUCGAGUGAUCCGUCUGAACGAGUGUCUGGAGAAACAGUUGCGAAACAACGCGACGACAAUGAAUGCGAUGGAGAAGAUGCCGAUUGCGGUGAUUGAGGCCCCGAUAUGGCCCGUAUGGCCACUUAAUCUGUAUACGGAGAGUGUGAAACAAACCUCGUACAUAAGCGUAUUGCAUCAGGAUAAAAGCCAAAAUGUGAACGAAUGCUUCAAACCGGUGAAAAUGUGCGACAAUUCUGUCAAUUUAUAUACAAAAAUUAGUGGUCGAAGCGAUAGAUCCGCGGAUUUGAUUGAGUUUUACCCGGAUUUAGCCGAAACUGCGGACAUAAAUGAAAACAAGUCAUACUUUGACGACAUUAUGACUCUUGGUAUCACUGGGUCUAAUGGUCAGUACGCAAUCACCGGAACAAAUGGACUGCCAACUAGUGACGGAUCAAAUGAUGGCACAUAUCGUGGCAUGAAUUACAAGAGUUAUAAAUAUUGGCGCUUAUUUGGAUCCAAUGGCAAGAAAAUGGGGGAAAAUGUGUCAAAAGCAGUGAUUUUGUACGAAACAAAACUGAAAGAAAGUCUAUAUAAGACAAUUAGUGGCAAACAAUUGUCUAUUGAUGAGAUCAGAUCCGCCGCAAAGACUGUCCGCCAAUUGGUUCACGAAUAUGAGGCCAGAAUACGGAGCUCUACAGAACUUACUAAAGUGCCGGUCAUAACAGUCAACCCCUGGUCUCCAUACACCUCCACUGCUGACAAGUCCAACACAACACGCAUACUGACCACCGGUCCGGCGGUGAGUCGCGGGGCGUCGGGUGUGAGCAUAAAAUUCUUGCUAAAGUCAUGCCUACCGGCGCGGGUCCUGUCGAUCACGUACUUAGUGCCCACACCUGUCAUCUGUUUUGCCGGCAAACUCCAGGCCCAGAGUAUCGGCGCCGACAUCACCACCGCUGACAUCAAACUCGACCUCAAUGUCCAACAGAUGGGAUUGUUGUGUUGGCUCGCAAUACAGCCCCUGAAAGUUUGGUGGUAUUACGGGUCAGACCGUCUCCCGGGGCAAAGUCAUGCCACCCCUCCACACACUGGUGGGCACUUCGUUAAUGUAGCCAAAGUUGGCCAUCCAUGCGAUAUAGACGCGGCGCAGGUUAUCGCCCGGCGCCAGCAUAUUAAACGUUACGCCUGCGUAUUCCUCCGGCCCGUGCUCCAGGUAAAGUGUGGUCGAGUCCGGGUUAUCGUUGGUGAACUUGUGGCCGUCAAAUGUGCCCACGAAAUACUGGGCCCUAUUGUUGUUGUUCACCGUCAGCACCCAUUUGUUUACUACCUUACUAGAAAUUAUAAACAU